AUUCGAAACAGUGGUGUGUUAUCGACGCAAUGUGUUCCAACGACUUCAAUAACGAAUGUGCUGUCUUCGCCGGCAGAUGGCGGGACGAGUCUGUUUGGCAUAUCGACAGCAACCGACAGUCGAAUUCAUCGAUUCUCUUUAUCCGUUGGGAAGCGAGCGGCCGCGCUGCGGUCUUCAGCUUGAGCGGUAGUGAGAGCGGCCUCUCGGUUUCGAAGCAGAGCGAGGUUGGCCAUGUUAGCAAUAUGGUGCCGUCAUUGCAACUCGGACACGAGAUAGUGCGUUACUCGCAGUUCCGCGUCCGCGAUCGUUAUAGCGACGUGCGGCCUUAGAUCGUGGCCCGCUGGCAUACAACCCGGCCCGGUGGCUGUGUCAUGUACGUAUCCCCAGUGUCGCAAAGUUGAGCUGCUUCGUGUCAGAAAGGAACAGAAAAGGACCUAGAACGCGCGCGCGAGAGAGGGAGCGAGAGAGAGAGAGGAAGAAAGAGAAAGCUAUAAUGCAUCCCGGAACGGCGGAUCGUCGCCGUUGCGAUCGUCGUCGGGCAAGCGAAGGGUUCUGGACGAACGAAGCCACGUCGAAUCCUCGACGCAACGUCGGACGCGGAUGAGAAGAGGCGCUUCGCGUCUUCGUGAGACAGCGGAGGCGCUGCGAACGGCUGCAAACACUCCGCGAUAUUUUCUGUGCGAGGAAAAGGUGCAAUGGCUGACGACCGAAAUAACCAACGCAGCUUCGUCAGGCAGUCGCACGGAGUAGGGCAUUCAUCCCCCCCGCUGUCGGCGCCGGAUUCGGGCUCUAGUCCGGGCGGUUCGGUGUCCUCCAGAUCAGUUCAAAAGGAGAACUCCCCGCCUCGUGGUCCCCGCACGCUUUUGCUCAGGCGCAGCGAGAAUGGCUACGGAUUCACAUUGCGGCACUUCAUCGUCUAUCCGCCCGAGUCCUGCUGCAUGCUGCCGGGACACGAGCGGACCAAGAUCGACGAGCCUAUGGACACGAUUUUCGUGAAACAAGUGCGGGCGAACUCGCCGGCGGCCGAGGCGGGAUUGCGCACCGGCGACCGCGUGGUCUCCGUCGAUGGAAUGCCCACUCGGGGCGAGCAGUACGCCAGUGUGGUGCAACGCAUUCAACAAGCGGGCCCGUGGCUGCGUCUCCUCGUCGUCUCCAAGGAAGACGACAUUUUGCAGAGGUACUUCGGCGAGACGGCGCACAAUCCCGAGACGAAUCAACGCCCGCGGCUGUGUUCCCCGGAGAGGCUGUCGCAGAAGCAGCGCAGGUCCAUCAGCAUGAUGCCAGGCUCGUCGCCGAGAACGCGGCAGUCCUGGGUCUAUUCUUUAUCGUCAUCCGAGAGUUCGAAUCAUCACGAGGAGGCGAUCAGCAGGAGUCAGCAGGCUGCGUGCGCGGACGGUAGAAUGCCGCCGACGAUGUCUCAAAUUCCACCGAUCGCGGAAACUCAGAUCACGAGUGCGUUGCAACAGCAGCAGCAGCAACGAAGAGACGCGCAGUCGGAAGCAGGCGCGCUACACGAUCCCUCGGAGGACGCCAGAGCUGCGGGGAGAAAGCUGCACCUGGUGCGCGAGGAUGCGCUGAAAUCGAACAGCCGCUCGUCUCAGGACUCCAAGUACGAUCUGUACGACAGAACGCGACCCGAGUCGGUGUACUCGCGACCGAGCAACGAGCAGCUCUACGACAGAAUUAACGAUCCGAUUUACGAGCGUGUGCGUGUCAGCGAGCACCACCCGCAGCAUUAUUACCAACCGUCUUUGCUGCGUUAUCCGAUGUCGCAGGCGGAGCCGCAGGUGCCGAUCUACCGGCCGGCCAAGCGGAUGGUGUCGCGACGCGCCAGCGAGGGCAGCGGGACCGCCAACGACUCGGAGACGAGCUACGGCAGCAUCGACGCGCUGAGAUCGAGCGAAUCGAGCAGGCUGAGCAUCGAGUCGAGACGAGACUCGUCGCCCGCCGCCAGCAAGGACAGCACGUCGCCGUACGACUCCACGUCGACCCUCACCGGUAACGAGUGCUCCGACGAUUCCGUCAUCAUGAACAGACUCCGCAAGAGCUUCGAACAGAAAGCGGAGUUCUUGCGGCGGCCCAGCCACCCCAUUGGCUGGUCCUUCGAGUCGACGUCGCCGCCGCCGCCGCCUUUGCUGAGCAACUUCCAAGCCGCGGUGAUUCAGAGGGAAUUCUACGCGAGGCCGCAGAAGCUGCAGAGAUCGAUCUGGCCACCCGGACAGUGCGAGCAGCAAAGGCAGCAAUCCCCCACGAGAAGAUCUCAGGAAAGAAAUGUUGUUGCCGCCAAGCCGAACAAGCCGUCGAAUCAGAACGUGCAGAGGAUAAAAGAGGUGGACUCCAACUCCGAGUACUCCAAGCCGCGAAACGAUCAACAGCUCGAAGACAAUCAAUCUAUCAUCGCCGAGCACUGUUACUCGUCACUUCCCUACGACAACGAGCUGGCAAAAGAGCAGCAGUACAAGAGCGCGAACAAGAGUAACCUCGUCAGUAUUUUGUCGAGGAUACACGAGAAUAUUAGCGCGAAUCAGCAGCAGACGUUGCAACAAGACGAGAGAAACGGUUCUUCGUCGCUGCCGUCAUCGCCGGGACCGGACAAGAAGGGGGGUGACACGAAGUUUCCGGUGCCGCCGCAGGGUCUGCAGAUCGUUUCGAGGCGCGCCAAACAGUUCGAGUCCGGUCGUCUGAUGAGCGACGGCGACGAGCCCGCCGGUGAUCGGACAAAUCUUUACAAAAGCGAGUUGUCCAGAUUGUCGAACAAGAGAAGUGUGCCGAAUGUGGCUGUGCGGAAACGGGAGUUCGAAUCGAAAGCCGAGAGUCAAGAACAGAGGAGGCUGCCGAACAGAGAAACCAAAUCUCUCGACACUGGUGCAGUAUUGACAGGCAACAGAAUAAUUCCUAUAGGCAGCAAGCAUAUCCAUUGCGCGCCACCGGCCGACUAUAAAGAGAGUAAAGAGGUGCCCAUUAUGGAGACGGAAUCGGUGCGUUUGAGAGCACGCAGCAACAGCGCGGAAUCCUGGGAAGCUACAAACGGCCCGGCGGCACGAAGCGGCUGUGCCAGGCAUACGUGGCAGAUCGCCGAGGAAGAAAGUAUUGAGGACGAUAAUAAAGCCUCCCGCAAGCAGGUGACAGUCAAUGGUUCUUCGUCCAACGGCUCGACGACCAAUAACGCCAUCGUACUCAGGCGACAGAAGAAUGCACAGAUCAGUGACGAAGAUCGCGCUACCAGACGAGUUUCGUAUCUGAAGGCUACGUGGGGCGAACGUAUGCACGUCGACAGCGAUCUAGAGCUCAGCGAUUCGGAGCCCGUUCACAUUCACAGAAGUGAGCAUAGACGAUGGCGGCCACCAUUAUUUCCGAGCGACAUAACACCUCUACGACGCAUCUUUGAAGAUAUGACACAGGCCGCGUCCUUACAUAGAAACUCUCAUCAUCGUAAUAGUAUCUCUAUUACACACGAUAGCAAUGAUGGAACUGCGAAGGAUCUCGAACCGGAGCGAGAGGGUACCCUACAUGUCAAAUUCACAGUGCUCGAUGGCAAGCGAUCUACCGAUCGUUCCUGGAAGCAAGUCUGGGGUGUCCUCCGUGGUCCUAUAAUUUACUUCUACAAGGAUCGUCAUAGUCAGAGUCCUUCGCUCAGCACCGAGAACGAGACAAAUAUCGGGCACAGCAUCGACGUUAGAUGUUCCGUGGUCGAUGUCGCCGGGGAUUACACUAAACGGAAACAUGUGUUACGAGUGGCGAAUCCUACAGCGGAAGUGCUUUUGCAAACCGAGGACGCGGCAUCUAUGGCACUCUGGUUGAGAUCACUUCAUUCUCACGCCGCCGCGGAGAAAUCAUCGGACGCCGUAUCUUGCACGUCAAAGCAACAGGCCGUUCCGCAAACUCCGACGGGUUCCACGAGCCCAAAUAGCAGCGUUCCUUCGAGCAACAGUCAAAGACUGAGCCCUCUGCCGAGUCACAAGGGCAUCAAGAAGUUAACGUCGUUCAGAAACCGCUCGCCGACCGGUCAGUCGCCAGUGAAUAAGACACGCAAGCCGAGCAAUCAGGUGAUGGAGUCCUUAUCGUCGCCCAAGUCGAAAACUUGGAAGGGAAGGGUGGCGAAGCAGUUCAGGAGGAUGCACGGUCAAGCUGGCGGCGCGCCUUCCUCGCCCACGGCACAGCUGCCGCCCGAAGGAGCCACUUUCAAGAUGCCUCUCGAACUUUGUCCGCCGUCUUCGUUCUCCGAAUGCGUGCCGCUAAUCGUCGAGAUGUGCACGAGCAUCGUUGAAGCGAGAGGCCUCGAGGUUGUGGGAAUCUACAGAGUACCCGGAAACACCGCCGCGAUCGCUCAGCUCACCGACAGCGUCAACAGAGGAUUCGAAAACAUCAAUCUUCAGGAUCCAAGAUGGAGUGACGUUAACGUGAUAUCGUCGUUGUUGAAAUCGUUUUUCCGUCAACUUCCCGAUUCCUUGCUCACGGCGGAACUGUAUCCCAUGUUCAUCGACGCCGAUAAGAUAGAAGAUCCGCAACGGAGAAUGACGACGAUACGAAAAUUAUUGCGAGAUCUUCCGGAACAUCAUUUCGAGACGCUCAAGUAUUUAAUGCAGCAUUUGAAGAAAAUAGUGGAGCACAGCGAGAUCAACAAGAUGGAGGCCAAGAAUUUAGCCAUCGUUUUCGGACCAACGCUGGUGCGAGCGAGCGGAUCAAGAGACAAUAUGGUCACCAUGGUCACCGAUAUGUCGCAUCAAUGUAGAAUAGUCGAGAGUCUGCUGAACAACGUCGAUUGGUUCUUCUCGGAGGACGAUUUGGACGACUUGAGCAGACUCAGCGUAAAUUUAAACUUGCCAGUUGACAGCUGCGAAGUUGAACCACCUAAUACCAAUCACAGCCUUUUGUUGAACAAUAUUCAGAAAAUCGAAGGUAUGCGCGACAUGGCGUCGGCCAGGGACAUUGUAUCCUCAAUCAUAUCCGCAGCGAACAAGAAAAUUCAGAGAAGACGAAAGACUCAGGACGAAAUCGAUAACGGCGAACACGACAAUGGCAAGGACAAAUCGAAGCAAGAAUCGGAGAAUUUGCCAAUAAUUAGGCAGAGCAUGGCCUUGAAUGAGCGACAGUGUUCCGUCAGCGAAAUUGUGCAGAUGCACGAAAGCAAAAAUCAAUCAAAUCAGUCUGCGGAUCGUUCCGAGCGAUCUCUGUCAAUUGAUGCCAAUAACGGCAGUUCGUCGAAUCGAGCGUCCCCGUCGUAUCGUUUCAAGUAUUUGAAUCAGUCCGCGCCCUCGUCCAUCGAUUCUCCGAGACUGUCGAGCGAAACUGGUUCGAGUCUGACAGAAACGAUCCCUACCGAAUCCAGCUCUUCGUCCAACGAGACGAAGCAAAGCAACGACGAGAUAACGAUUUUGACCUACGCUGGUUUGAGCGCGACCACGCAGGAGCGAGUGCGAAAGUUCGAGGAAGAAACAAAAGCGAUGCUGCAAAGAGAUCAACAUCGGCAGCGACUCGAAGCCGAGAAGAGGGAAGAGGAGAGACGAAGAAUCGAAAUAGAGUGGCAGUUGGCGAAACGAGAGAUGGAAAACGACGAUCUUCUCGACAGUAUCGUCGACACCACGGUGUCGCCGAGCCUCUUGUCGGAACGUCUGUCUGGUCUGAACGAAAGAUUCGGUGAUAAAUCACUGAUCGAUCUGUCGGAGAGGCACGGGAGAUCGCGAUCGACCACGAGACCGCCGCUGUCGAUAGCCGUGCAGCAGCAGCCCACGAUGUACCAUAAAGCGCAAGCCACCAAUCAGUUGACUAACGUAUUGGGAGAGAAGAUGAAUAACGGCGUCAUUAAGAAAUUCAAGACGGACAAAGAUCCAUCGAUGGAAUCGAUCUGUUUGCCGCCAGUCCGUUACGGGAGUCUAGAUUCCUUGCACGAGGUUCACAAUCUGUCGCAGUCCUCCCCGUCACCGUCGCAACAACAGCGCGGCGUCCCCGGCGACGUCUCGGAUGAUGGUAGCGACCUUCUAACCAGCCUUACGACUACGUUCGAUCGCAAGUGGAGGUCUCUCAUUAAUCAGUCGUCGAAUCAGGCGCAAACUCCUCUGGAAUCUACAUCCUGCAACAGAGGCGAUGCAGCAGCGGAGCAGCAGCGGCAGCAGCAGCAAAAGUCGAGCGCAUCCCCGAAAUUCAAGUAUCCCACGCCUACGGAAGCCUAUCGCGAUCCUAGUCUUCACAAGUCGCUCGAGAAGAACCAUCUCUCCCGCACGAAAAACGAUACCCCGGAAAAAGACACCGACUCAACGAUAACCGAUGACACGCCGCAUCCUUUGAAGUCUGUCACGCCGAAUAACGAUAAGCUAAAAGCGGAGACAAAGCCAAAUCAUACGACGGAGAGAGCGGUGGAUUUUAGCGAGAAGGACAAGAACGGGAGAGAUGCGGACGAGAGGGAAGAUUUUAUACGCGUGGAAAAUGCAAAAUGUUACGAAUUGACGAGCGAAAGGAAUAUUCAGGAAGACAUAUCGGAAAAUAACGAUGUCGACGGAAAAUUUCAAGACAACGGCAAGAGCCAUCAUUACGAGACCGGAGAUUCCAGUUACUCCAACAAGCUGAAAAAAUUCGAGAGCUUGACGAAUUCCGAGGCGAGAUCCCGUCUAAAACGAUCGGAAUCUCUAAAUAAAAGAACACCCGAGAACACUACUUCGCGACUGAAGAGAUCGGAGAGUUUAAAUAAACAUUCGACCGAAAGGCUCUCGCCGCUCAAGCGAUCUGAAAGCUUGAACAAGCACUCGGGCGACCGAUCGGAGUCACCGGGCAGCAAACUGAAGCGCUCGGAGUCGCUGACGAAAACCGAGAAAACCGAGUGCAACAUCAGCAAGCGGCGGCAAUCGGUGCGAAAGGAGAGCGCCACGAAAUUGAAGCGGAAGAACGGAAUGUCGGAGCGAUCGAUUAAACGGAGACACACGGUCGGCGGUACCAAGGAUUUCGACAAAGUGCACUGGCUCGAUAAUAAACUGCAAUCCGAGACUGAGAGGAUCAUCAGGAGCGAUUACAGACCGAAGAAGAGCCAGCUCAGAACCAGUUCGCCCGAUCUCAGCACUAAUCGGGUCAAUAUGGCCGACACGAGUUUCCUGAUCGAAGUGAGCUUUCGCGGACCCAGUAACGUCGUCUUCAACGUAACCAAUGCCGCGCGGCCGCAAUCGUUGCCGGACGCGAAUCUCGCGUCGAAGGUGUUUAAGGUACCCCUUGAAAGUCACGUAUAAUACAUUCGAAUUCAAUUACUCGAUAUUUCUAUACCGCCUUUUAAUAAUGCACACGCGGUGCUGCCGUCGUCGCACGCACACACUUCUUUAAAAAUAUACCCAUAUCAAAUUUAUAUAUCCCGUAUUAUAUUGAAAUAAUUAUAUUGGAUCGCAUCCGGUGAAUCUACGUCUAAGUUUGUACACCGAUAUUAUUGAAUCAAUCGUCACUCGCCAACGUGCCAAAGAGCCCAUCAUUGACCACUUUAUUAUUAUAUUAUAUUCAUUAUAUUAUAUUCAUCAGUUGUAAUAAAUUAAAAGAGAAAGUGCAUCUAUCACACUCUCGACACUUGAUUGAUCAUUGAAUUGGAUUAAUUUUUAAUACAAGUCGUUGCAACAAGCGGAAAGGUUAUUCUGGAAAGGCAGUCUGAAAUAGUCGGACUCUACUUCUUGAAAAAGAAAUAAAAUAAAAGACGGGUUUUUUUCUGGAGGCAGCGGAAACUUGACUCAAUCAAGUUGUAUUGAAGAAACGUAAGAAAGUUCUUUAGCGGUUAUACACAAAUCUAAAUAUAUAUGUAUAUGCAUAUAUAUAUGUGUGUAUAUCGCAUGUAGUAUUUGCCUUGUGUCAAUUAUAUACAUAUUAUUAUACUUGUGAAUUGUGAUUGUGACAUUUUUUGUACAUAAAAUGUAUAUGCGAGGGUAACUCGACUAAAUUUUAAAUAUCUAUUAAGGUGACUAUAUAUAGUUAAGGUCUGUCUUCAAAUUUAUAUUUUAAUAAUCACUUUACAUCGUCAUGGUUGUUCUGCAGCAUGCGUACGAUACCGCUCGAUCCUCGUACGCGGAUUGGUAUUGGCUAUGCGAGAAUAUUAUUUUUAACAAAUGCUACAAAAGUGAUUGUUAGGAUAAAAAUCAUGACUGUGCAUGGCGUUUUACGGGCGUAAAGUCGCUGGAUUUAUCACGAUAGGUUGUCGCGAGCAAUCGAUACACUUGAAAGUUUUUCGAAAGAUAGCGUUCUUAACGUUAAAAAACUUUUUAUGUAAGAACUCUUCGAUAAAAAAAAAAACACGAUGUGAUAAAUUUUAAUCUACUGCGCGUCUCUUAAUGUAUACAUAUCGUUAUGCAUUAUCUGUGUGUGUGUGUCUGUAUGAGUGCGUAAAUGUAUGUGUGUAUAUAGGUUUACAUGUCCGUAUAUAUUUUUUACAUGCAUUGUGAUAAAUAUUACAUUAACGAUCAGUUUGAGACUACUGUUACGGCAUUGUAAAUUUUAUCACGAUAGUAAAAGUCAAGAGAAACGGUGCCGUCAAUUAUAUGAUGAUCGGUGCCACGCACAAUGUAAAAUUUUCCCAUCAUAGGCCAAAUAACAUAAAUAUCUGUAUGAAAUCGGAUGGAACCUUGCUGUCUCCCUGGAUUGGCAAAGUUUCACAAUGUGCUUUGCUAUGAAAAUGAUAUAUUAAGUGGUGCAUCACGUGUAUAUGUAUUUCUUCUAUUACUGUUAAGUAGUAAUUUUUCAAGAUAUCUCAGACACUUGAGUCUCUCAUGUGAAUUUUAUUAGCAUUGCAUUAUUUAUGUUUGAGAUAGUUUGUACGAAUGUUUUUUUGUCUUUAUUUACUCUUGCAAUUUGCGUCAGGUUUUUUAAAUAAUUAGUGCCGUUAUACGCGUCAAAGUUAUUGAUAAGCGAUGUCAAGCGUGAAACUUAAGUGCUACGAGUGUACGUCACGUCCAGAAAUUAACUGUGGAUACGAUAUGUAUAUCUGUGAAUUAUGUAAGAAGCGAUAUAUUAAUCGCGAUUAAUUUACUAUUAAUAUACAUAUAGAUCGUUAAUUCUUUCGGGAUUGGCGCAAUAUAUUCUCCAUAAACUUUACGCAUUUGAAGAAUAAUGUAUAAAUACAACUAUCGAUCGAGCGAAAUUUCGCGCAAACCAUCGUACAUCGCGCGUUAUCUUUGCGACGCGGACACAGCGUCGUUUAGAUAAUUUUACGUAAAUUCACGUAAAUUAUUUACUGUCGCGCGAAUUGACAAUCGAUUUGAUAAUGCUUGUAAAUACAAUUGUAACUAAAUUCUAUAUGAAGCAAAGAUAAAGCGAUAUUUAUUUCGAAAGAAAUAGUAAUUGUGAUCGUAUUAUUUAUUAUUAUUAAUCGAGGCGGAUACGUUUACUGCAAAAUUCGCAAUAACAUUGAAUGAAAUUACAAAUAAAUAUAUUAUUAUGAAA